AUGCCACAAACCCUCCUCCUCGCCGCCUCGCAGUCCCGCACCCUCCCCACCCUCAAAGAAACCCUCCACUCCCUCGAACAAACCACACGUCUCGCGGCCUCCAAGCACGUUGACCUCAUCCUCUUCCCCGAAGCGUUCCUCGGCGGGUACCCGCGAACAUGUGCUUUUGGGGCAGCGGUGGGAGGACGCUCUGAUGAGGGACGAGAGCAGUUCCGGCAGUAUUUCCAGUCGGCGGUGGAUCUUGGCGACACACCUUUGGGAGCUGGAGAGGACUGGGUUGAGAGGAGACUGCCUGUUGCGAAGGGGGCGGAGUAUAGAGGGGAUGGCACGAGGGAGUUUUUGGAGAGAGUCGCGAGGGAGACGGGGGUGUUUGUUGUGACGGGGUUGGUGGAGAAGAGCGGCGGGACGUUAUACUGUGCUGUUGUGUACGUCUGUCCGAAGCUGGGCGUCUUGGGCAAGAGGAGGAAGGUCAUGCCCACGGGCAGCGAGAGGUUGGUCUGGGGACAGGGCUCGCCGAGCACGCUCAAGGCCGUCACGACGACGAUUCGAGGCGUCAAACUCACCAUGGCGAGCGCGAUCUGCUGGGAAAACAUGAUGCCGUUACUUCGCUAUUCACUUUACAGCCAGAAUGUCAACCUCUGGCUCGCCCCGACGGCGGACGCGAGGGAUACGUGGCAUCCGUUGAUGAGGACCGUGGGAGCGGAAGGGAGGUGUUUUGUUCUGAGUGCCAUUUCUUGCGUGAGGAAGAAGAAUUUACCCGGUUGGAUUACGGGGUUGCAGGACUCGCAGCCUGAGACUGCGCUGGCGAAUGGGCCUUUCUCGGCGGGGCAUGGCAGGAGAAGGUCGACGUAUACCGUCAAAGAACACGAGCUCGUCCUGCCUGACUCCUCCGAGUCUACCGUCUCCACCAAGGCCACCGCACCAACCACCUCCAGCAUCAAUGGUACCUCACAGGACGGCGAGGAAUUCGUCUGUCGCGGCGGCUCUUGCAUCUGCGGUCCCAUGGGCCAGGCACUCGCGGGCCCGCUGUGGGAGGUCGAAGAUGGUGGGCUGUUGAUCCAGGAGUGUGAUUUUGAGGACUGCGAGAGAGGACGGUUGGAUCUGGAUGUGGCGGGGAGUUAUUCGCGGAAUGAUGCGUUUCAUUUGACGGUUGAUGGCUUGGAUUUGAAUCCUCCUCCGUGA